AUGAGGGCUGGUGUUGAUAUCUUUGCUCUUGACUAUGAUGCUAUUAUUGCUGCCAUGUAUGCAUUGACUGUUAGUGCCGAGGGAGACUGUUACUUGUGUGUGCCGCCUGACCCAGGUAUAGAGCCCGCUGCCCUGGGUACUAGUGAGUCUGCUCUCUCUGGUAUGGUGCCCCCUGUACUUGCUCCCUCCAGUGCUGUCCCGGCUGUUUGCGAGUCUGCUCUCUCAGGUACAGCACCCACAGAGACUGCUCUCUCAGGUACCGCACCGGCUGAGGCCUGUCACACCUUCACCCUUGACUCAGUCCUUGCCCAGUCCACCACUGUGCUCCCUUGUCCGGCGGUUCCGUCUGGCUCGUUGUCUGGUUUCCACCUCCCCUCGUUCUCGACGAACCUGGUGAGCAACGCUGUCAUCCAGGAUCAGUGGGUUGACACCUUUACCCCUGGAGGACAGCGUGUGGCGAUCUGCACGUGCUCCAGGACCGGCCGUCACCUGGCUACGUUUACCCGUCGGCCGGGGUCGAGUCUCUACACACUGACCACUGCGUCUCCUCAGGUCGCUGCUGUCGGUCAGGUGUCCGCGUCAGGUCUGGUGGCCCACGCCUGUGAGUGUCGUUCCCUGUCGCACCAGACUCUUCUCUGGCACCACCGCCUGGGUCACCCCUCCUUGCCACGCCUCCGUGGCAUGCACCGUCGCCGCCUUGUGUCUGGUCUUCCCAGGUCCCUCCCUCCCCUCCCUGCCUCGCCUGCGCCGCCUUGCCUUCCUUGCGUCGAGGGGCGGCAGCGCGCCGCUCCUCACUCCUCCUCGUUCCCCCCGACAGAGGCUCCUCUGCAGACCCUCCACCUGGACGUGUGGGGCCCAGCCCGCGUUCGUGGCCAGGGCGGUGAGCGGUACUUUUUGCUGGUUGUCGACGACUACUCGCGUUACACCACGGUCUUCCCCUUGCGCACCAAGGGUGAGGUCCCUGCUGUUCUGAUCCCUUGGAUCCGCACAGUUCGUCUCCAGCUCCGCCGCCGUUUCCGGACGGAUCUUCCUGUCCUGCGUCUGCACUCUGACAGAGGUGGUGAGUUUUCCUCCGAUCUCUUGAGGACCUUCUGUCAGGCGGAGGGCAUCGAGCAGACCUUCACGCUUCCGGACUCCCCACAGCAGAAUGGGGUUGCUGAGCGCCGCAUUGGCCUGGUCAUGGAGGUCGCUCGUACCUCCUUGGUCCACGCGGCGGCUCCCCAUUUUCUGUGGCCGUUUGCUGUCCGGUACGCCGCGCAUCAGCUCAACCUCUGGCCCCGUGUCUCCUUGCCGGAGACCUCGCCCACACUGCGUUGGACGGGGGAGGUUGGCAAUGCGUCGCGCUUCCGGGUGUGGGGUGCUCGUGCCCUUGUCCGCGAUACGUCCGCGGACAAGCUCUCCUCCCGCACACUUCCCUGUGUCUUCCUUGGCUUUGUCCCUGACGCGCCGGGCUGGCAGUUUUACCACCCCACCUCGCGCCGGGUCUUCGCCUCUCAGGACGUCACCUUUGACGAGUCGGUCCCUUUUUACCGUCUCUUCCCCUACCGCACUGCCCCCCUCCCUCCCCCGCCGCUUUUCCUUGCUCCUGGUCCCCCUCCGGUAGACCCCCUUCCCCCUCAGGGUCCUGCUCCUUCAGCCUGGGGGUGCUGA